AAAAUACACUCGAAAAUAUCGAAGGUCAAAAACAAAAACAAUCUCUCUGCAACAAUCAGUCUCUCUCACAGCGCUCUGCAGAGGAGACGACAAACCCAAUGGCGAAUCUCAUUCUCUCGUCUUCUCUCAUCUGAUCCAUCGCCAUACCCAAUUUUAAUCAUCGCUCACUCACUCGCUCACACAUCCAAUUUAAUUUUCCACCAUGGCUUCCUCCGUCUCCGGCGGCCUCUCCUUCAAGCUCACCCCGCACUCCCUCACUCACCGCACCACCCCGUCUCUCUUCUCCCACCCCGCCGCCCAAUUGAGGGUGGCGCGCCAGGUCCCCCCGGAGACGCUCUCCAAUUCCGCCUCCGCCACCGACGCCGCCGUGCACUUGUCGGCGCACGCGCUGGAGAAGGACCCCCGCGAGCUGUGGAAGAGGUACGUGGAAUGGCUGUACCAGCACAAGGAGCUGGGGCUCUACCUGGACGUCAGCCGGGUCGGGUUCACCGACGAAUUCUUCCGAGAAAUGGAGCCCCGCCUCCAGAAGGCAUUCACCGACAUGGAGGAGCUCGAGAAGGGGGCGAUUGCCAAUCCGGAUGAGGGCAGGAUGGUUGGGCAUUAUUGGCUCAGGAAUCCCAAGCUCGCUCCCAAAGCUAUCCUCACUCAGCAGAUCGAGACUACGUUGGAGAGUAUCUGUGAUUUUGCUGACCUAGUCAUCAGUGGUAAGAUUAGGCCCCCUCAGAAAGAAAGAUUCACCCAAAUCCUUUCUAUUGGAAUUGGUGGUUCAGCUCUGGGGCCACAAUUUGUUGCAGAGGCACUGGCUCCUGAUAAUCCCCCACUUAAGAUAAGAUUCAUUGACAAUACAGAUCCAGCUGGGAUUGAUCAUCAGAUAGCGCAGCUUGGCAGUGAGCUAGAAUCUACGCUUGUAAUAGUGGUUUCAAAGAGUGGAGGCACACCCGAAACAAGAAAUGGUCUACUUGAAGUUCAGAAAGCCUUCCGUGAAGCUGGUCUGGAUUUCGCAAAACAGGGUGUUGCAAUUACACAAGAGAAUUCAUUGCUUGAUAACACAGCCAGGAUUGAGGGCUGGUUAGCAAGAUUUCCCAUGUUUGACUGGGUGGGUGGUAGAACGUCAGAAAUGUCUGCCGUUGGUUUACUUGCAGCUGCACUUCAGGGAAUUGAUAUUAAAGAAAUGCUAGCUGGUGCAGCAUUGAUGGAUGAAGCCAACAGAACCAAACUAGUCAGGGAUAAUCCAGCAGCGCUGCUAGCUUUAUGUUGGUAUUGGGCAGCAGAUGGAGUCGGAUCGAAGGAUAUGGUUGUCCUUCCUUACAAGGACAGCUUAUUAUUGUUCAGUCGAUAUUUGCAGCAGCUAGUCAUGGAAUCACUUGGAAAGGAGUUUGAUCUGGAUGGCAACCGGGUAAACCAAGGGCUAAGUGUUUAUGGUAACAAGGGAAGCACUGAUCAGCAUGCAUACAUUCAACAGCUCAGAGACGGGGUGCACAACUUUUUUGUCACGUUCAUUGAAGUGCUACGAGAUAGACCCCCUGGUCAUGAUUGGGAGCUUGAACCAGGUGUCACCUGUGGUGACUAUCUAUUUGGAUUCUUACAGGGGACCAGAUCUGCUUUAUAUGCCAAUAACCGAGAGUCUAUUACAGUCACUGUGCAAGAGGUGACACCCAGGUCCGUUGGUGCUUUGGUAGCCCUUUACGAGCGAGCAGUUGGGAUUUAUGCCUCAUUGGUCAACAUCAAUGCCUACCAUCAACCCGGAGUUGAAGCGGGCAAAAAAGCAGCAGGAGAAGUUUUAGCUCUUCAAAAACGCGUUCUUGCUGUAUUAAAUGAAGCAAGCUGCAAACAACCCAUUGAACCAUUAACACUUGAAGAAAUAGCUGAUCGUUGCCAUGCUCCUGAGGAAAUUGAAAUGAUCUACAAGAUUAUUGCACAUAUGGCUGCCAAUGAUAGAGCUCUAAUAGCUGAAGGGAGCUGUGGUACACCAAAAACCGUCAAGGUUUUCUUAGGGGAGUGCAAUGUUGAUGAUAUGUACCCCUAAAAUUACUUGGAAAACAACUCUUUUUCUUGACAUUUUUGUCAUCGAGGGGUUUUAAACUGAACGGGAAGGUGAAAAUUGUCACAUUUAAACCGCUAUCAGAAGUUGAUAAAUUUGCAAUGAAAUAAUUGCCUUGUGCAAGACUGAUAGCCACUUAUUUGAAGGAAACUGAAUAAACAGACAAUGGUUUUGUCUUCUA